CAACAUGUAAAUUUGAACAGUUGGCAGCGAACUAAUCACAACUUCUCAUUAGGGGCCGUAAAUGUACGGGCAGUUUUCUGCUAAUAUUAACUUCUCAUGUGAUGAAAUCAGCCGACCAGGAUGAUUCCUUCGACUAUCUUUUCAAAAUAGUUUUAAUCGGUGAUCCAGGAGUCGGAAAAACAUGCAUUGUACAGCGGUUCAAAAAGGGGACUUUCGUCGAGCGACACGGCAGCACAAUUGGGGUCGAUUUUACAAUGAAGACAGUUCUUGUUGACGCAAAAAAAGUCAAGGUAAGGGCAAGAGUAGACUAAAUAAAAAUUGCAUUUGUUUCGACCCGAAUGACUCGGGUAGCAAGCGGCUAAAACUCCCAGAGUUUGGCGUCUAAAUAUCCAUCAUUUAUUUAUAAUUUCCAUGGAGUCAGUACACACAAGUGGAAUGUGCAUAAAAAUAUAAGUUCCAGGUAGUUAAAUUUAUCACCUUAUCACCAAGAAAGAUGUUAUGCUCAAUUUUCUGUGAAAUUUCCACUGUCUUUUAGCCAUUUCCCAUAUAUAUAUAUGCAAUCGCCGAAGCUCUUUGUUUAUCUACUCAACCUUUGUUGUAGACAACGCGAGUUAGUCCGACAAAGGUUUUAGAAGAAAAAAAUUAUUUCAGUCAGGGCGAACUUCCUUAACCGAUCGAUUUUUAGUCUCAUUUUUGUCAGUAAACAGAGACAGGAUUUUAACUCGGGUUUUUCGAUUUGUAAUAAGUUGUAAAAAUAGAACGAUGACGAUUUUAGCACAAUACAGUUCGGUUUGUGUGAAAUACAUUUCAAGUACACAAACCUAAAUAGCUAAUGGUUUGUUACUUUAUCUGUCAAGAAAUAAAAAGUAAAUAGUUGUAAUGAGGUAAACUUGACAUUCUCUAAAUAAGCUUAAAAUUAAGCAACUCUACAAUAAUUUUUUUCGUUUUCUUUAUGUGGAGUCCCAGAGGAUAGUUUCCCAAUAUAUAACAGUUUUGCACAACACAUGCAGAAAUGUCGGUUGCCUGUUGUUAAUAAUUAACUGCAACUUAAAUAACCAAAUGUUACAUCUGAUCUAUAAGUAAAACGUAGAGAAACAGGAAUGCACAACAUUCAUUCAUAGAAUGGCUCAAUCCAGACUGUUGCAUAUAACUAAAACCUUCUGAAAUACCCGAAAGAUGAUGAAACUGACAAAUAUAACAUGCACUUCCUGAAGUACCCUGGCAUGUAUUUACAGUUUGGAUAAUAAAUUAGUUAUUUUUGGGUGUUUACACACCCCAGACCAAACAAAAAGAAAAGUGAAGGCAAAUGACAAGAGAAAACAUCAACAAAACAGUGUGAUUUUAUGUAAAUUUCUUUGGAGAAGGGGAUAGCUGAGUCAGACUGGUUGUUAUGGAUGUUACUUCUUCCAGUGGUUUUCAAUUUUUUUUGUUAUUUUCCUUUUUAACAUGUGGUUUUCUGUUGUUUAUUUUUCAGUUUUGGCUUAUUAAUUUUCCAAUUUAAACUGUGCAGCCCGCUAAAUUCAAAAGUUUGUUUGAAUUGAAAUUUUCCUCUCCAUUUGAACCUGGUGAUAUAAUAAAUAUCUUACAAAUCUCAUUUUCUUGGUCUGUACUAUAAGUUAUAGAACCUUGUAUUUUUCUGCUGGAAUUUAUGGCUGUAAGCUUCAUGCCUGGGCCAUAAAUCCAAGCAGAAAAACUUGGUCCAUAACUUUCAUUAUGGAACAAGAGGACUAGGUCAGUGAGAGAUAUAUAAAUUUAGUCACUUUGUGCUAAAGAAACUCUCACAGGACUAGCUUUCUAGCAUGGGAGCUGACUAAACCAUGAAAUACAGUCAAAUGUGUAUUAAACAGUCACCCAUGGGGAAUGGCAGAAUGACUGCUUAAAACAGGUUGACUGCCUUAUACAGGUUCUUCAGAUGAGGAGUAAUAUAAAAAACAAUUAAAAAAAGCACCACUUUUUGCCAUUAUUGACCACUUAAUGCACAAACACUUGCUCAAAAAUACUACCAACAUAAAUUUUGGAAGAAAAACAUGGGUGAAAUUUUACUGGACAGAUUAUUCUUAGUUUUAAUAGAGUGGUUUCACUUUAACCCUUUAACUCCCAGAAGUGAUUAAGAGGCAACUUCUCCCUAUAAUAUCUAUAGACUAUCUAGCAAAUAGGUAUUGAGAAUAUUUUGAUUUAUCACGUAGUUGUUUUUCUUGAUUUAACACCAAAUUCUUAGAACUAAUUUAGAAGGAAAUGUGUAGCAGCUAGAGGGGAGAAUUAACAAUCAGAUCUUGGGAGUUAAAGGGUUAAGGGAGUAAUCAAUACUGGUGGAAGACAAUGCAAACAGGCUUUUGGGAUUCACUCCAAGGUGAUCACUACUGUGUAACCCUUUACACCCUAACAUCAGUAUCCAUUUUCUCCACACUGUUCUCUAUACAUUUCCUAUGGUACUGACAAAGAGAAUUUUUUUUUUUAACAAUCAAGAGCUUCUUUAGUAGGUGAUCAUUUCCUUUAUUUUCAUGACCUCAAUGUUUGUUUUAAGGGCAAUACUGAUGGGAGAAAAUAGUUACUAAUCACUCUUAGGGGUUAAAGAGUCAAUAGAAGUGAAAAUUACAGUGAUUAUGGGGAAGUAAAUACUGGACCACUUCAUACAUGGUGACUGCUUUAUAUGGUGCCAUUUAAUAAAGGUUCACUAACAUCUUGUACUAAUUCUGCUGGAUUUGAUUGUUCCUUUCUAGUUACAAGUGUGGGACACUGCUGGCCAGGAAAGAUUCAGAACAAUUACUCAAAGUUACUACAGAAGUGCUAAUGCUGUAGUAAUAACUUACGACAUUACCAAAAAAGAUACUUUCAAGAAUGUUGUGCGAUGGACAGAAGAUGUGAAAAAAUACGCUCCAGCUAAUGUUAUUAAAUUACUAGUAGGAAACAAAACAGAUAUUGCUGAAAACCGGGAGGUCACCCUUGAAGAGGCACGGUCCUGUGCUGCACAUUAUAACAUGAUCGACACCCUUGAAGCUUCAGCAAAGGUAAUGUUGGUGAUUUUGAACUUUUAAGGGUUCUCUGUAUUGUAAUAAGAUAAAUAUAAUUAUCUUUGAUAAAGAAGCAAAUUUUAAAUGAAGUGCUCUUUGGACAAUCCAGAAACUUAUCCCCUACAUGUACAACUUCAGCUUCAAAACAAAAUGAAAUACAUCAAGGAUUUUUUUAUCUAUUUUUUAGUCCUCUGGGAUUGUGAUGCUCAAAACCAAGAGAUAUAUUUUUUUGAAAUUUGUAUUCAGACUAAGUGUUCCUUGUAUACUGACUUGCAGGAUGCAACAAAUAUUGAAAAUGCGUUCAUGCGGGUUGCAAGAGAAUUGAAAAGUCGUUACGAAAAUGGCUCUCAACUUCAAGCAAACAUCAUGGAUGAUGCUGUGAUUUUAGAAUCAAGAAGUGUAGACUCAAAGUGGUGUGGUUGUGGUUGA